AUGGCGUCUUUUGCAGCUACGAUUCGGCGCGUCGUCUACCAUCACCCAAGUUGCUCGCGACGCCGCAGUGUUGCUGGAGUGAGGCGCCUGCUCGGUGGCUUCAUACGGGUGGUUCAUCCUGACCUGUCGCCUGAUUUUCCGGCCGAGGCCAAACGAAUAAACCAACGAUCCCUGGCAGAGCUCAACGCUUACAUCGAUGCUUUGGAGUCUCGAGGGCGACGCCCAUUCGAGGAGGGGCCUGAGGUCUCCAAGGAACUUCCCUUCUUCCGUGCGCUUCAGACUCGGCUGGGCCGGACGGUGCCACACCAUGUAGUGCCACUGCAUUUGGAAAUUCCCUCCCUUCCAGCCUCAGCCAGCGAGCUGGAUAAAGAGUUUGCGGCUGCUCACCUGAUCCGCGGUGCAGAGGUGGCAUUGCAGACUCCAACUUCUCAGUUUUCAGACAGACCAGCAGUCGCACCUCUGUUCACGCAGAAAGGGGCUGGCAGGGCAGCCUUUGACAAACUAUGGUGGCAACAAACACAAGAAGAGCUCGUGCGUGAGGCGAUUCAUGGCCCUAACGACAGGGAGGUGCGACUACACGUUGCUAAGCGUGUGUUCGCAUGCAAGUAUGGUCACCAGCUCAUGAGGAAGUACUGGCGCAUCAAAGACAAGCAGAAGCGCAAGCUCCGCAUCGCUAAUGUUGAUGCGCUUGUCGAGGCCAAAGUUCAAGAACGAUUCCCGGAGCCGACAACAUCCGCCGAGCUUAAGAUGCAGGCUGAUGACGAAGAAGCGAAGAAUCCCGCGCGAGUGCUUCAAGGGGGAUUCCAUCCGGACCUUGUCUUCGUGGAUCCCGAUCUGUCUGCAGAACAUCGGCGUGAGGCGAUUCGCCGGGUUUGCGGCAUGAACCUUGCCAGCGAUGCUGACUUCUGGCUUCUGGAGAAUCUGUGGAAGGCUAUGCGAGAUAAGCCGCCUCCAGUCCCGCUCGUUAUCGCCGAGUCGAAUUACAAGGCUGUGCACAUCGCCUCUGGCGAGUUGGAUGCUGCCGGAGACUCCGCAUUGCACCUGGCAGUCCUCGGGGGACAUCUUGUGUUCACGCGGGAGUUACUGGCUGCAUCGUGCGAGGUGCACGCCCGCGAUGGUCGUGGGCGAUCUCCUUUGCAUGUGGCGGCCAUGGAGGGAAGCCCCGAGCUGGCUUUGGAGCUCCUGGCAGCAGGAGCCGAUGCCAAUGGCCUGGACGACUGGAACCAAACAGCCCUCCACUGGGCUUCAAUGGCACACUCAGCAGACUUGGUUUCAGUCCUGCUGGAUGGUGGUGCCAAUCCGCUGCUUCAAGACAGUUUUGGCAGAACAGCUGCAUUCAUGGCCGCAGAGCAGGGCAAGAUGGAGCUUUUGUCCCGCUUGCUCGACAAGGAGCCCAGCUGUGCCACGAUCCCGAACAACGAGUAUUGGAGCCCGCUGCAUGUGGCCGCUUUCGGCCUGCAAAGCGUCAAGAACUUCACAAAGCCUCUGAAGUUUUUGGAGACCGUGAAGAUGCUGCUGGCUGCCAAGGCUGAAGUUGAUGCGAAGGAUGAGAAUUGCCGCACUGCCUUGCACAGAGCUGCUCAAGCAGGAAACAGCGAGCCGCUUCAAGCCCUGCUUGCAGCUGGUGCAAGUGUGUCCAGUGCAGAUGAAUGUAGAUGGACACCUAUGCACUAUGCGAGCCAGGAGGGUCACCUGCAGAUCGCGAAGCUCCUGCUAGAUGCGAAGGCAGAUGCAGAGCCCAAGAACCCGACAUGCUUGACACCACUGGCCGUGGCAACCGAAGGGAACCAGGUGAAGAUGGUUGAGUUUUUGCUCAAGCAUGGCGCAGAUCCGCAUGCCAGGGCAAAAGGCUUACAUUCGCCUUUGAUGAUGGCUCGGAGCGACCCGAAGAAGUAUGCUGACAUACUUGCGCUCCUUGAGCUCGGCUUCAUCAACCACUAG